AUGGCCACUGGGUUUACCCCACCAACAAUGAACUGGAAUGCUUCAGACAUUCCAGACGAGUUUAAUUCCUUUAAGCAAUAUUGCAACCUUGUAUUUGAUGGGCCAUUUCUAAAGAAAACAGAAAAGGAAAAAGCAUCUUAUAUUUUACUAUGGAUUGGGCGACAGGGAGUCGAUAUUUACAAUAGCUUCGUAUGGGAGAACGAACAGGACAAAGUGAAGCCCAAAGCCAUACGGGAGGAAUAUGGGAAACACCUCGCGCCAAGAAGUAACUAUAGGCUAGCAUGAUUUCAAUUACAACAGGCUAUGGAAAAUAGCGAAAUCCUCUGGGAGUCCUAAUAAAUGGUCCAAUUAUAAAAAAUUGAAUAAUGAAGUUAAAGAUAAAUUAAGGAAAGCUUACUUCAGAUAUGUUAAUAAUCUUACAAACUCCCUUGGGGCGAACCCAAAGAAGUUUUGGACUUUUGUCAAGUCCCGCACAGGUACAUCAAGUGUUCCAAAAACAAUCGAAUUUAAUGGCCUUAAAGGGUACAGUCCUUCAUCAAUUGCCCAUCUUUUUAACACAUUUUUUCAUUCUGUAUUCAAUAAACGUGACGAAUCAUCGGUCCCGUACUACACAUUGUAUACAAAUCAUAUCAUUAAAAACUUGGUAUGUUCAGUAGACGAUGUUGCUAGUCUAUUAUCUGAAUUAGAUAUUACUAAAUCUUCCGGUCCAGAUAACAUUUCACCAAGGAUUUUAAAAGAAUGUGCUUAUGAACUCGCUCCUUCCCUGACUCGUAUAUUCAAUUUAUCACUGAGUACUGGUGAGUUACCUAACGACUGGAAAACGGCAAAUGUAGUACCAAUAUAUAAGGCAGGUGAACGUGUUAUGGCUGUGAACUACCGUCCAAUCUCUCUCACGAGUAUUGUUGUUAAAACCUUAGAACGUAUGGUUCACAAACAUAUUAUGAAUUUUCUCUCAGAGUUGCGCCUAUUAUGUGAAAACCAACAUGGCUUCAGAAAGUUUCGAUCAUGUCUUACGCAACUGCUACAGCUAGUACACCACUGGUUCUCGGUGCUGGAUAAACAAGGCGCAAUUGACGUUGCAUUUUUAGACUUUGCGAAAGCGUUCGACAGGGUAUCUCAUCCACAUCUCAUCAAUAAGCUUAAAUCUUAUGGAAUAAGUGAUCCGCUAAUAAAAUGGAUAAAUAAUUUUCUAUCUGGCAGAAAACAAAGGGUUGUGAUUGAUGGUCAUCAAUCAAAUUGGUUAGAGGUCACUUCAGGAGUUCCCCAGGGAAGUAUCAUAGGACCUUUAAUGUUUCUUGUUUACAUCAACGACUUACCUUCAAGUGUGACUAGUAAUGUUGACCUUUUCGCUGACGAUAGUGUUAUUCAUCGUCAAAUUUCUACAAGUAACGAUUGCGUCCUUUUUCAAGAAAAUUUGAAUCAAGUAGGAGAUUGGUGUGAUGCAUCGUUAGUCCAGUUGAAGAACGAAAAAUGUCGAAUUGUUCAUGUCACAAGGCAAAAAAAACUUUGAACUAUGAGUAUAAUCUUGUUGGUAUACCAUUACAGAGUGUUGCACAACAUAAACACCUAGGGGUUUGGUUACAAUCCUCAUUAUCUUGGGAAUAUCACAUUAGCUCUAUCUGUGGACGAGCUAAUCGGAUCUUGGGUUUAAUACGGAGAACAUUUGGCUACAAAAAUCGAAAAGGCGUUGAGGUUGCCUUUAAGUCCUUAGUAAGACCAAUUUUAGAAUAUUGUUGCCAAGUAUGGAAUCCAUACUUAAUUAAACAUGUAAAUGCAAUGGAAAAGAUUCAACGGCGAGCUACCAGAUUAAUAUGUGGCCCAGAUCAACCCUAUACGGAAAGACUAAAGAAGCUCAAGUGGCCGUCGCUUGAGUUGCGUAGAAAGUACCUUUGUCUUGUUCAGUUAUAUAAGAUCAUGUUUGGUUUGUGUGAUAUUGACAAAUUUAAAUAUCUGGAUAUUGUGGGAGAAUCUCGUACUAGAUCAAGACAUAGAUAUAAACUAAGACCAAAGCAUGCACGUACUAAUUACUUUAAGUUCUCGUUUUUCAAUCGCUAUAUCUCAGACUGGAAUUCUUUGCCAUCGGAUGUUGUGGAAGCCACUUUAUUGUCCAGCUUUAAGCAAAAACUAAUGUCGUUUCUACUCCUGAAACAAUGUUAACUUAUUCUAUUCUAUUUUUUUCGGGUUUUUAUUAUUAUUUUGGUUUAACGUGGAGAGCAGUUCAUAAAUAGGAAUUUAGUUUCCUCCUACUGCUAUCCUCCCUAUGACAUUUGUUAGUGUGUAUGUACGUCAUUUUGUAAUAUUUAUUAUUAGUUUUUCUAUUUUUGUUUAUUAAUAGGGAAAGAUUUAUUAAAUCAUUAAAUCAACAAUUGAGACAAGAACCAAACGAAAACAUUGACGAUUUUAUGACCAGAUGCAGAAACCAGGCAGCAAAAUGUAAAUUUCGAGAUCAACAGGAAACGAACGAAAGAUUAAUUGAACAAUUAGUAAUUGGAACAAGACAUAAGAAAGCACAAGGAAAAAUACUCGAAAAAGAUGAAAAUCUGAGCUUAGACGAAGCAAUAGAUUAUGCCAGAACAUAUGAAGCUACCAUAGCUCAUGUUGCUCAAUUAAAUAAAACAAGUGAAAUUCAGAAAUCCGUACAUGCACUAUCAAAAUUCGCAAAGCCUAAACAAAAAUGCCAGAACUGCGGAACUGAGCAUGAAGCUAGAAAAUGCCCAGCCUACGGGACAAGCUGUAACUUUUGCUCAAAGCCAAACCAUUGGGCAAAAAUGUGUCGCAAGAAAAUAAACAAAACACCCCACUACCAAGCUAGACCAGGAAGCCAAAAUCCCAAUGAGGGCAAACAAACUAGAUACAGCCAAGGACAAGGUCGAAACAAUAAUAGGCGGAUCCAUGAUUUGAAUGUAAACAACGAGUCAAGUGAUGAAUUCGAUACACUAGUUUUUGACACGAUCACAGUUGACAGUAUUACACCUGACUCAAACAGCCAAACCAAAGAUGAAGCACUAGUCAUGAGCAACAUCGAACUGCCAAAUAAUACCCAUAACACACAAUUGAGAGCUAAAGUUGACACAGGUGCUCAAGCAAACAUCUUACCACUAAGAUUAUACCGUAGCAUGUUCCCAGCGAAUAUCAGUUAUGAUGGUAAACCCAAGAUAAGUGCAGUUAAAAAGUCCACGACCACCCUUACAGCAUACGGGGGUACUCCAAUUCCACAAUUUGGUACAUGCGAAAUAAAGUGCUCAUACAAGAACAACAGCACAAGCGCUACAUUCUAUGUGACUGAUGUACACAGUAGAGCAAUUAUUGGAUUACCAACUGCACUAGAUCUUCACUUGAUUACGUUGAACUGUUCAGUAGUGAAAUCGCAAGUACAAGAGACCUCGCCUACUAAGGACACGGCAAAGCUUAAACCAAUUAAGCACUUGCAUAAAUAA